AUGAAUGUACCAUUAGAUUUUCGUUUACUUAUUACACUUGGUUGUAUAUGUUCAUUACGUAAAGAACAACAUCGUACAAAUAUACUUUCAAAUUUAUAUCAAUUUGAUGAAUUAGAAUUUUUAUCAUUAUCAGAACAAACAUAUUUACAAUCAGGUACAUUACAAUGUAUUUAUUUAUAUAUACAUCAAGAUAAUGGAAAAUUAUUUAUUGAUUUAUUUAUACCAAAUAAUUGUCGUGUAUUUAUUGGUAUAUUAGAUAGUAUUAGAGAAAAUCAUAUGCCAAAUUUAAAUAAAUUAUUAAAAAAUGAAUGUGAAAAACGAUUACAAAAAAGUAUUGAUACAAAUUUAUUACCAAUAAAUGAACAUCAAUUUGAAGUUAAAGUUGAUACAAAUAUACAAAAUAUUUGGAAAAGAUUUAAUAAAAUUAUUGCAAAUCGUAAGUAA